UCAGUGUGCGUAGCGUUAGAUGUUUGGGAAUGUAUGAACUAUUUUUCUCAUUUCGCAUCUCCUUACAUGAAUGGUUCGUAGCUAGACGUUUGGAAUGCGUAGUCAAGAUGUUUUGCUGAACUUGAUGCGUAUACUUGGAUACUUUGUAGUUGAGCGCAAGGAUGGCUUCUAGUUCGAGCGUGAAAGAACUGCCGCCAGGCGACCCCAAUUUAACAGCAAGCAUUGUAAGCCACUUGAAAUCCCGUGGCCUUUUUGACAAAUUAAGGCGGGACUGCCUCGGCGAUGUCGACACGAAGCCUGCUUAUUUGAACCUGAAGCAAAGAAUCGAGGGCUACAUUACGAAGUUCCUGUCAACGCAAACAUGGACUCCUGACAUGAACAAAAACCAUGUUCGAGACAUAAUGCGCCGGGAAAUAAACGAAUCGGGCAUGCUGUCAGCUGGCAUGGACCAUCUGGUCGACCAGAUAGUAAAUCCAAAGAUAUACCACGUGUUCACACCCGAGGUGGAGGACGGCGUGCGUCAGUAUCUUGGGUUGAGUUCGGAGAAGGAUUUGUCGGCCCAGCAGCAGCCGGCUGCCCAGAAAGACUUCAUCAACCAGCCUCCGCCACCUCAAACGCCGGCCUUACCACCACUGCCGCCAAAGUCUGAAUUCAGCAUAGAUGAGACAACACAGGACGUCCCUAGCAGCUGCUCCCCCAAAGCAUACACAGAAGCCUUGAUGCCUGAUGGCUUAAUGGACUCGUCAUCUGAACAUCAGCUAAUGAUUGUGACGGAGAGCAAUGAGCAUACUCAAGACGUUCCUGUGGAGCUACCAGCUGAGACAGCUGAAAGUUACGAGUUGUGUGACACUUCAGCCGAACCUGUUGAUAAUGCUCCAAUUGAGACAUCUGAGCUGUCUGCUCCUAGGCCAGUAGACAGUCUGGAGUCAGACAUGCAAGCAAUCAGCCAGGGUGGAAGUGCAAAUGACAGACAUGUCACGAAAGAUGUUGAGCUACCCUCGUCAUUAAACAACAUAAAAUCUGACCCAUUGAAGAAAGAAGCCAUCGGUAAUAAAUUUGACAGUAAGGAUACUGGUGUAGUAGCUGGCAUGACAAAGGUCAAGACCGUGGGCAAAGACAAAAAAGAAAAGAAAAUGGAUUCUGUGAAGGGCAAAGAAUCCAGUUCACAUUCUGGAAGAUCAGAUUUGCAUUCAAAGUGUUCUACAUCAAAAAAUACCUCUAAUCCAAGCAAAUCGAAAAUUCAGAAGUCUAAUAAAUGUGACAGUAAGGAAAGCAAAGAUCUAGUGAAAGAACGAGACAAGUGCAGCAUAUCUCAAAACAAAGGAUCUUCACGAGAGAAAACCCAAAACAACGGGACAGAUGCAACAAAAGAUGAGCGAGGUGAGCGGAGCAAAGGGUACUCAAGUCAGUCUAGUAGAUCAAAGGAGAGUGACAUUAAGAAUGAGCAAAAGCGGCCAGAUGAUAAACAUCGUCAUUACAGCAGUAGCCAGCGCCAUGAUGACAGAAAAGGACACAAUGACAGGCAUUCUCGAGAAGACAAGUCCAGGGAUCAUUCCGACGGUCGCAGGUCACAUGGUGAGAGUAGAAAAGACAAAGACCGCUCUUCCACAAGAGAUUCUUCCAGGCAGAACAAGUCAAGUAAGUCAUCUGAGAAACAUGGUGAAAGUUCUCAGAAAGAGAGAAGCCAUGAAAGGAAAAAAAAGCAAGCUCACAGUAAGCAAAGUUCAUCGAAUGGCAAAGAUGGUGAAACUUCACAAAAGAUGUCAUCUAAAAACGUUUUGCAAACUGUAUCUCGCUCUUUAUUCCAAACUGUUGAUGAUGCAUCAUUUGCUGAGAUGAAUGCCAGUGCUUCAGGUUCAUCACAGCAAGACCACGCAGAUGUUCGUCAUGAUGCUUCCUUGGAAAUACCAACAGAUGUUUUGCAAGAAAAUUCAGAAGAAAAUGUUUCUUGCUUUGCAGACCAGACAGGAGCAAAAAUUUGUGAGAGCAUGCCUGGUGCAUUUUCUCGGGAAAUCUCAUUAACAGUUAAUGAUGAAAGUUCCCACGGUCCAUUGCAGCUAGUUGAAGCGAAGGAAGCUGAGAUCUUGAGGUUUUCUUAUGUUAAUGACAAGCAGUUGGGUAUCAGUGGAACUGACUUGCAGCUGGUGAGUACUGACACAGAGAAACUAGCUGACAGAGUGCUGCUUGAGAAUGGUGAGCAAGCAAGGAGCUCUAGCUAUGCAGCAUCACUUGAGCAGGAAUUUCCCACAGUGGAAGACAGACAUGAAACAGCCAGAAGAAAGACUGCUACUGAAACGCAUUCGCCAAAGAAGAAGCGACCGAGGCGAGAUGCUUCAGAUGGUCAUGAUUCAGAUGGUGCCUGGUCCGAGGUGACAGUCAGUUCAGUACAUACCAGCGAUCUGUCUUCCUAUGAUGACUGCAUCAGUGUGUCUUCGGCAGAUGAGGAUGACAGUGCUGCAUCUAGGGAGAAAAAGAAGAUACCACUAAAAGAAAUUAAAAAAAUUACAAGCAGCAGUAAUGAGGAUGAUGACCGCAUGAGCAGAUCUGAAACUGAGCAUUGUACAAGUGAUGGAGUUGUGCCAACAGCACCACCUAUAGAAAAGGCUAUAGAACAGCGUGAAGUGCCUCAAUCGGCAAAGGAGUCCCAGCCCCACUGCCCAGAACCUUAUGAGAGCAGCAACAGUGCCAAGGGACUUUCAAACUCUCCACCCACAGAUGUUUCUGAAGCAAUGGCUAAACCAAAGAUGGGGCUUAGGCGGACCCGUAAAAUUAACCCCAAGUAUGUUUCAGAAGAGUUCUCAUCAAUUUUUACGGCAGGCAAGCGACCAGCAGGAAUCAUAAACUUCAGUGAGCUUGCAAAGUACAGGAAGGAAAAACAUCAUGAUGAACGGUCUUCAUCAAGAACAGAAUAUCGCAAGAUUUCUCGGGAGGAUGCUCCCGAGGAUACGGCACCAGCGAUGUCAUGUGAUGAGACUGACCAGCUUUCAGACACAUCAGUUAAUGAUCGAUCACGGAGGCCUACACAGCGACCAAGUGGCAGCGAACCACGAGCUAGGUCAGAAUCGGUGUCCUCGAAGUGCUACCAGUCUUCCGACUUGUACAAACCACGACCGGUUAUCAAGCCAGGAACUCGGCGCAGUCGGCCUCAGCCAGGUGGAGUGGAUGCAGCAGCACCCAAGAAACAGCAGGGCCUCAAGGUUUGCAUUGGACUCAAGCGAGGUCGGGCCUCAUCACCUGGCUCCUCCAGACAAAAAAGGUUGUGAAGUUCCAAGCCGUUGCCGUGGUGUGUGCACCACUCUUUCCGCUCAAGGUCACCGUGAAUGCCAUUACAGGUCUAGUGGCAUUAUCACACAAGAGCCCAACACUCAUGUUUGUACAUCUGUACAUUGAAAGUCAUGUGCCUCUACAUUUUAUUUAAUAAAGACAUUGAAUCUAC